GAAGAAGAAGAAAAAUGAAAGAUAAUAUUUUUAAUUAUCCAAUCUGCAUAUAAUAUUAAAUUUAUUGUCUGGAUAAAGAUGUGUCGAUUAAUAUAUAGAUUCCACAUUUUUGCUACUCCCAUUCUCUCCACCUAUACAUACACACAGCUAAUGUAUCUAUAGACAACAGUGCAACAGCAUGUCGACGGCCUUGCAGAGGACCAGCUCCGGCGACAGCGAUCACUGGAUCGAAGGCGCGGGAUUCGGUCACCUCAACAUGGCGCCAGCUUCCUCGAUCUACAUCCCGCCGGAGUUUUCCGCCGCUGAUCGGAGGUUCCCGGCGGCGCCGGAGCUGGAAGAUGAGGAUCACCACGAUUCGUUGUCUUCCUCAACCACUUCUUCGAUUGGGAAAAACAGCGACGAUUCUACGACCGGCGUCGGAGGAGAUGGGGAGGAGGUGCAGAGUGAAUACAAGGGAGGACCAUUGGACAGUUUGGAGGCUUUGGAGGAAGUUUUACCUAUGAAGAAAAGCAUAUCCAAUUUUUACAGCGGUAAAUCAAAAUCUUUCACCAGCCUUUCAGACGCAGUAGCUUGCCCGUCCAUCGACGACAUCACUAAACCGGAGAAUGCAUACACCAGAAAACGCAAGAAUUUGAUCGCAUUCAAUAAUAUUAUGGAGAAAAAUCGCAAUAGCAUAUCGCGAGGCACAAAGAGCGGCAUAUCAAAAAGGCCCAACAGCUGUAGAAGCAUGCUGGCACUUGCGGCAGCUGCAAAUGUCUCUGAAUCUAACUCUGCUGAAACCUCUUGCUCCUAUUCAUCUUCACUGGGUUCCAGCCGACCUCCUUUGCCGCCUCAUGCAAGACGAGCUUUGCAGCCCGAGCCUUUGGUAUUUCCCCCUGCCAAUAAGCUUUCUUCUUUGCGGUCUUUCUCCUUAUCUGAUUUGCAAGGUGAUGGUGCAGAUGAGGAUUGUAAACCCAAUUGUGCUGGAGCAUGGAUCAAUAAAGAUGACCACAAUUCUAUAAAAUAAAUUUCGCCUUACUGUUGGUCGUUCAAUGAGUCCACAAUAGAUUUAUGUUCUUGGAUGUGGAGUCACUUGUGCUUUUCUUCUCUUUUUUUCUUUUCUCCUUUCGAUUUAGUGUAAUGUAUUUCUGCUCAAUAUAGUUAUAGGCAUGUGGAUUCCCGGGGCACUUUCAGGAUGUAAUGACUGAAAUACGUAAUUUUAGUGUUUGUUUCACGCUAUGCUCUGUUAUAUAUCUGAAUAGGAUACCUGUAAAUUACUAUUCUUGUACAACAGUUCCUUAAAAGUUCUUUGAGCAGUCAUAUAUGUGGUCGUCUGUAAGAAUGUCAGUAUUUCUGAAACCUUGAGCUUUUCUUGGGAAGGUUGGCUGCCGCCAUUGUUGAGAGUGCUCAUUAUGAGAGCAGCUUGUCUCAACUAACAUUUCUUACUUAUAUUAUCGUUUCUCAAUUCUUGCUGGGUUCUGUGAAUCUAUUUGAUUCUUUUAUCAAUCAAUUUCGGUAUCUUGACCAGUACCAGAUGCAUGCUGGUUGCUACUACAACUCCCCAGCUUUUGAGAAUGCCGAUGGAAAUAAAACAUUCAGUGUAGAAAUUCCACUUUCCUUCAAAAUUGUAAGGAACAUUGUACGUUGAGGAGUGCAGUUGAUGAGUUGUGAUCGUGUAUUCUCCAUAAGGUACGGUUUACUAUUUUUGACAUGGGUUCAUGGAUUAG